GACAUCACUUCCUGCAGGAAGCCGCCCGCUCCCUUCUCACCCGCUUUGUGUUUCAGCCCGGGAGGCGCCUUUUCCGCCUGGGGGGGGACCCGGGGGGGGCACCCCAAAACCAGCCACACACCCCCCACACACACUGCCCCACGGCUGCCCCACACCUCCCGAGACGGGGAGUUGCCACAUUUCCUGCACCCCAGAUCCGCUCCACAGCUCGGAAGGAGUGACACCGUCUGAGGGGCAGCAUGGAGCCUGAGGAAGGGUUUAACGGGCCCCCCACGCCUGGCGCUCGCGCCGCUGUCGCCAUCAUCGGGGCUGAGGAUGAGGACUUCGAGAACGACAUCGAGCCAAACCCCGAGGAGCAGAGCAGCCUCUUCCAGAGCCUGGAGCUGCUGCGGCAGCAUCCCGCCUAUCUCAUGGCCUUCCUGCAACACGUCGUCCUCCAGUUCGACUCCUGCCCUGUGCUCUGCUACCUGCAUGUGGACAUGCUGCGGCGCAUGAACCCCAAAGAGGGCAAGAAGCAGUUCCUGGAGUUCUGCCACAUGUUCCUGGACAAGGCGGGGCUGCUGCGGGUGCCCGUCCCUCCCCACGUGCAGUUCGAGCUGGACCGAACGCGCCCUGAGCUGCUGCCUGAGGAGCUGCAGCGGCGCUACCUGCAGGAGAUCCAGGGGUGCCAGGAGCCCGAGAUCAGCCGCCAGCUCGAGGACUUCAGGUCAAAGCGGCUGAUGGGGAUGACGCCGGGCGAGCCCGAGCUGGCGGAGCUGGAGUCGUACCGCACGCGCGAUCUCGGCAUCCGCGACGCCAAAGAGCGGCAGCUGGCGGAAAUCCUGCUCGCCCGCCUCGAGGAGAUGCACCUCACUAUUUCUUCUGACGAGGAGAAAAGCUCUGCCAUCUUCGGGGCCAUCGUGGCCUACAUGAAGCACUUGGGGGUCAAACCCAAGGGGGGGGACGGCAAAAAAUCCCGGUCCAACUUCUUCCGCAAGAAGAUUUCGGGGGGCAAGAAGCCGGAGGAGCUGCCGGCGAAGGCGCGCAGGGGGUUCUCGCUGCCGGGGGCCGCGCUCUGGGGCCGAGACGCACACAACACAGAUUUCAGGCAGAACAAAGGCCCCGAGGGCGAAGCUGAAAAGGCACCGAAGGGCCUGAGAACGGAGGGGGGGCCCCCACGGCCGCGGGGGGGGGCAGCCGGGACCCCCGACCCCCCUGGCACGGCUGUCACCAUCAAUGCCCCUUCGGGGGAGGGCACCGAGGGUGAGCCAGGCUCGGAACCCUCAGAGCUGGGAGAGCCCCCCCCAUCUCGCCCCCCCCCAGACCCCCCUGCGGGCGAAAUGCACCCCCCGGAGGAGGGGGCUGAGAACGAGAGAAGACGGAUCAGGCUCCCCGGGAGGUUGGGGCGCUCCGAGAGCCUGCGCGUGUCGGACCGGAGGCGCUCGCAGCGCACCAAAGCCAAGCAGCUGCGCUCCCGCAGCGACGUCGACCUGCAGGCGCCGCCGCGCCCCGAGCAAGGGCCCCCCCGUCGGCGCCCCACCCUGGAGCCGGGGGGGCCGGGGGGGGGUGACCCCCCGCAGUCCUUUCUGCCUCCCCAGUCUGAGGAGACUGAGCCGCGCGUUGCGGAGCUGGAGCUGGAGCCGCCGGCGUGGCGGCAGCUCUGCGCCCCCGACGCACUCCUCAGGCUGAAGAAGAGUGAGAUCAAGCGGCAAGAGGUCAUCAACGAGCUGUUCCUGACGGAACACGCGCACGUGCGGAUGCUGCGGGUGCUGCUGGAGCUCUUCUAUCAGCCCAUGCUGCGCGAGGGCUUCUUCGACGAGCAGGAGCUCGCCAACAUCUUCCCCAGCCUCGAAGACCUAGUGGAGGUGCACACCCUGUUCCUUGACAGCCUGAAGAGGCUGCGGGAGGAGAGCGGCUACGUCAUCGCAGCCAUCGGGGACGUCCUGCUGGCGCGGUUCGAGGGCACGGAGGGCAGCUGGUUCCAGAAGAUCUCGGCGCGGUUCUGCAGCCGCCAGUCCUUCGCGCUGGAGCAGCUCAAGGCGAAACAGCGCAAGGACGCACGAUUCUGCCAGUUCAUACAGGAAGCGGAGAGCCAGCCGCGGUGCCGCCGGCUGCAGCUGCGGGACAUUAUCCCCACGGAGAUGCAGCGCCUCACCAAGUACCCACUGCUGCUGCACAGCAUCACCAAGUGCACAGAGGCUGCGGACGAGCGCGCCAAGGUGGAGCAGGCGGCUGAGUGCUGCCGGCAGAUCCUGAACCACGUCAACCAGGAGGUGCGGGACAUGGAGAAUCUGAUGAAGCUGAAGGAUUACCAGCGGCGCUUGGAUCUCUCCAACCUGAAGCAGAGCACGGACCCACUGCUCAGCGAGUUCAGGAACAUGGACAUCACCAAGCGGAACCUGGUGCACGAGGGACCCCUGACCUGGCGCCUCACGCGGGACAAGGCUGUGGAGGUGCAGGUGCUUCUGCUGGACGAUCUGCUGGUGCUGCUGCAGCGGCAGGAGGAGCGGCUGGUGCUGCGCUGCCACAGCCGCACCAUCACCCCCGCGCCCGACGGCAAACAGAUGCUGAGCCCCGUCAUCCGGCUCAGCUCCGCCAUGACGCGCGAGGUGGCCACAGAUCACCGAGCCUUCUACGUCAUUAUCAGCUGGGAGGGGGGGGCGCAGAUCUAUGAGCUGGUGGCACAGAGCCCUGCGGAGAGAAAAAACUGGUGUGCGUUGAUCAGCGAGACAGCCGGGUCCCUCAAGCUGCCGGGGUCCCAGCGGGCAAAGCCCCCCCGCCCGGGUGGGGGGUCCCACAGCCCCCUCUGCGGGUUUCGGGAGCCCCUGCUGAGUAGCUCAGAGAAUGGGGGGGCCCUGAAGGAGCCCCUGGACGAGCGCGAGCAGGCGGGGGCCGUGGAGGGGACGGAGGGUCCUGAGCGCCCAGCGGGGGCGGCCGAGGCCGAGCGGGAGCUGCUGACGCUGGGGAGACCCCAGACCCGGGCGGGGGUCGAGGGGGGGCUGGCAGCCGGCGCCCUGCGACGAGUGUCGGCGCUGAAGCAGCUGCUGCCGCCGGCGGCCGGGGGGGCCGGUGAUGGGGCCACGUCCCCCCCUGAGGAGGCCUGGGGGCGCCCCGGGCUGAACCCCCACCCCGAGGAGCGCCGGGACGCGGGCGAUGGCGCCGAGAGCGAAGGCGAGGGCCGGGGGCAGCACCCCGAGGGGGGGGGCACAGGGCCCCCCCCCAAUGGCCCCCGCUCCCCGCAAUGGGGGUCUCGGGGGGGAGAGGCGGGGGGGACACCCCUGGCGCUGCCCCCCUCCCAGGCAGCCUGGCUGGCCGAGGAGCUGCGGGGGCUGGAGGAGGCGCUGCAGGGGCUGAAGGAGAUCGAGGAGCGGUUCUGGCAGCUCCAGCAGUUCCUGUCCCAGCGCAGCUCCGGCGGUUGCCUCUUCACAUGAGGGGGGGGUCCCCCCCUAUCAGAUACGGGUGUCCCCCCCCACCACACUAUGGGGCAGCCCCACAUCAGCCGCAUCCGGAUGCCUGCAAAGACACACCCCCCCCUCCCCCCCAUUUACUCCAGGACCAUUUGGGGAGGGGGGGCACCCCCAUCUGUGUGUGUGGGAGGGCAAUAUAUGGGGCUGGGGAGGCCAAUCUAUGGG